AUGUGCUCCCAGCUCUGGUUCCUGACGGACCGGCGCAUCCGCGAGGACUACCCGCAGGUGCAGAUCCUGCGCGCCCUCCGGCAGCGCUGCUCCGAGCAGGACGUGCGCUUCCGGGCGGUGCUCAUGGACCAGAUCGCCGUCACCAUCGUUGGCGGCAACCUCGGCCUGCAGCUGAACCAGAAGGCGCUCACCACUUUCCCAGACGUGGUGCUUGUCCGCGUGCCCACGCCCUCCGUGCAGUCGGACAGUGACAUCACCGUCCUGCGACACCUGGAGAAGCUGGGCUGCCGCUUAGUCAACCGCCCACAGAGCAUUCUAAACUGCAUCAACAAAUUCUGGACAUUCCAGGAGCUGGCUGGGCAUGGGGUCCCCAUGCCAGACACCUUCUCCUACGGUGGACAUGAAGACUUUUCGAAGAUGAUCGAUGAAGCCGAGCCGCUGGGCUACCCGGUGGUGGUGAAGAGCACGCGGGGACACCGGGGAAAAGGCGUUUUUCUCGCAAGAGAUAAACACCACCUCUCAGACAUCUGCCACCUGAUCCGCCACGACGUGCCCUACCUGUUCCAGAAGUACGUGAAGGAGUCCCACGGAAAGGACAUCCGGGUGGUGGUGGUCGGCGGCCAGGUGAUAGGCUCCAUGCUUCGCUGCUCCACAGAUGGACGGAUGCAGAGCAACUGCUCUCUCGGUGGUGUGGGCGUCAUGUGCCCGCUGACGGAGCAAGGCAAGCAGCUGGCUAUCCAGGUGUCCAACAUCCUGGGUAUGGACUUCUGCGGCAUCGAUCUUCUCAUCAUGGACGAUGGCUCCUUCGUGGUGUGUGAGGCAAAUGCCAACGUGGGCUUCCUAGCCUUCGACCAGGCGUGCAACUUAGACGUGGGCGGGAUCAUUGCAGACUACACCAUGUCCUUGCUGCCCAACAGGCAGACCGGGAAGAUGGCCGUCCUCCCGGGCUCGUCUAGCCCCAGGGAGAAGAAAGAGCCAGAUGGCUGUGCUUCAGCUCAGGGAGUCGCGGAGAGCGUCUAUGCCAUCAACAGCGGGUCUACCUCCAGCGAGAGUGAGCCUGAACUGGGGGAGAUCCGGGCUUCCCCAGCCAGCACAGCGGGGGCCCCGGCCCCCAUACUGCCUGACCCCAGCUACAACAUUAACACCAGGAUUGCUUCAGAAUUAAAACUUAAGUGA